AUGGAUAUUCUUUUCCCAACCAGUGAGGUUUCGUUUACCAUAGACGCCAAGGCGUUAAUCACUGCUACAUCUUUACCCGAUUCGGUUACUCUCGCAUUUACGGGUAUUCUUGAAAACGGGGGGCGUUUUUCACCAGAUUCAACGUUGUGCACCACACCUAUCGUCUCUUCCUGUGCGUGUCUUACAACUGAAAUGGCGUCCGCGGGAGGUGAUCUGUCAUCAAGGAUGGUCAGCGUCUCACGAGAACUCACUGUCGACAAGAAGCAGUUGAGCGUCUACAAACGGAAAAGGUCAAGCGCUCCAGACGAUCGCAACUCAGCCAAAGCGAUUGGAUUCGUGGCUCUUUUAGUGCUUGCCUUUCCGGUUGCUUACAUCAUUCUGACUGAUCUCAGCAAUUAUAGGAAAUUCCUACCCGGGAAUGAACUAAAAAGAAUAUCGACGAAGGAAAAACAGAUUGAAAACGUCUGA